ACGGCCGCACGGUGCGCUGCUGGAAGCGUCUACGGCACCCCGGCAUACAUCUCUCGCACAAGAAAACAUCUCCGGUCUCCUCGUUGCACCAAGCUGCACGCAUUAGCAAGACGGCCAAAAGUCUCGUUAAACCUUCCAGAAUACCAACACCAUUUUGUGCGGAAAAGUGAGUGGCUGCAGUGGUGUUCCAUCAACUCUAGGCCAGUGUUAUUGCUCAAGCCGUAUUGACACUGUAAUAGAACCGUGUGCCACACACUUGCCAUCCCACGAGACCGGACAGUGAAACAACCACACAGACACGCGGCAAAAUGAGCAAAAAUCCCACGAAAGCCGAACUUAAGGCAGAGAUUAGCAAAAUACUGAAGGAUGCAAAUCUGGAGGAAACAGCGGCUAAAAAAGUGCGCCUGCAGUUGGAGCAAAACCUGAAGUGUGACCUUUCCAACCGCAAGAAGGAGGUGGACGACCUGGUAAUGGAGUACGUAAAUUCACAAGCUUCCUCCGACGAAGAGGAGGAAGACGAUGACGAGGACGACGACGAUUACGCGGGUAACGGUAAGGGCAAAGCGGGCGGCCGAAAGGCUAAGGACAAUAGCGACUACGAAGAGGAAGAAGACGACGAAGAUUUCUCCGAGGAGGAAAAACCGAAGGGACGCAAAAGCGCAACGAAGCGUGCGACACCGGCAAAGCGAGGCCCAGCCAAGAAGAAGAAACGCACCUCGGACAGUGAGGACGAGUCCGGGGACGAUGACGAUGACGAUGAGGAGCAGGGCAGCGAUGACGAUUACAAGCCACAGGGUGCGGCCAAGGGUGGCAAGGGCGGUAACAAGAAGAAGAAGAACGAUUCCGAUUCCGAGUCGGACGAAGACUGGAAGCGUUCGAAGCCAGCGCCCAAAGCGAAGAAGGCGGCCGGCGCAGCUGGUGGUGCGAAGAAAUCGAGCGGCUACACCCGACCGUACACACUGUCGGCGGAUCUGGCGCAAAUCUGUGGCGCGGAAUCGUUACCUCGGCAUGAGGUGGUGAAGAAAAUUUGGGCCAUCAUCAAGGAGCGCAAUCUGUACGACCCGAAGAACAGACAGUACGCCAUCUGCGAUGCCGAUCUGCAGAAGGUGAUCGGUGUGAAGCGAUUCCGCACCUUCGGAAUGCUGAAGUAUCUUAAGCCUCACUUUAAAGAUUAGGUUCGGGACGGACGGUCAGGCCUGGGGGUAGUGCCCGGUGGGUAGAAGAAGGAGCAGACUUUUUUUCCAUAACAAUUAUUUUAAGCCAGAUCUAGAUUCCUAGAGCUAGAGCAAAUCGCUCUGCUAGCGUGUGCGUGCGUCGUCGACUAGCAACGUCUCUCGAUCGGCAAGUAGUGCGUGAAGAUAAAAGUGAACUAUUUUUCCACACCGCGAUACCUAGUAGCAUAUUUGAUGCAUUUGGCCACGGCCGAAUAGCACGUCCACCAUCGACUAGUCCGCAUUGGGAAAUUUAAUUAAUAGGACGGUCAGAUAGCGUACAGUGUAUGGUCCGGAAGCAGUCAUCCUUCACAGCUCAAUAUUGACACAGGACGAUUCAAAUCACCCGGUUGUACACAGCCUCUCUCACACAAGAGCAGCUUGCACACAAACGCACCUUGAAACUAUAUUGUUCACGUGUUUUAAUUCACUAGUACUAAAAAUCGAAAACCGCUAGGUGGUUGGUAACGUGCAAGAAUAGUAGUAUUAUAAUACAUUCUUUUCUGUAAAAAACGAAUACGUGUUCUCAAAAAAAUAUCCACACAAACACUCCACCGUACA